AGAGGGAACAUCAAUGAAGUUUCCUUCAAGUCUUCAGAUAAUUAAAAAAGAAACCCUUUAGAAAGUAUAGAAAGAGGAAGCCUUUUUUAUUAUUAUUAUGAUGAUAAUGGCACAUGGGCGGCAGUGGCAAAGCUAGUGCCGCCUUUUAAGUUGUGUAUCAGUAUAAAUUUGAUGGCAAUUUAGAGUUUUCUGCUCAUAUCAUACAUACUCAUACAUCCAUUUCUUUCAACUUUGGUCUUUCUUGGAAGCUCUAUUGUAACUCAUAGAGGUAGAUUUGAGUUAUUGUUUAUGGAGGGUAAAAGGCAAGCGGGUUCCUCUUCUUAUUUCACUGCUGAUCUUUUUGGCACCAAGGAGUCACCACCACCAUCCUCCUCAGGGAUUUUUGCUUCUAUUCUGUCACCUCCGUCUAUGGUGGUAGGGAGGAAUGCCUCAAAUUCUGAGCUUAUGGGAUCUUGGCAAAAACAGCACCAAGGGAACAAAGACUGGAUUAGCACCAAAAAAGGAACUGCAGCUCAAAGUACCGGGGGUGCAACCUGUAACAUACUCAACAAAAACAAAAGUAGUAUUGUGCAGGAAGGAAUACCAGAACCAUGUCAUCUAAGUUCAUCUCUUUAUUACGGUGGACAAGACAACUACUCCAAUUUGCCAAGCAGUCAUGCUGCUGGAUCAUACCCUGCACAUAAGAAAGGAGGGGAAGAAGAUGAUCCAAAUGGCAACUCACACGGGGCUUCUAGAGGAAAUUGGUGGCAAGGUUCACUCUAUUAUUAGGACCUUUCUUUCCAAUGCACCCGAAUUCGUUUUUGCAGCAAUUCCUCAAGUCUAGUGGAGUAAUGACCAAGCAAGACAUGCAAUAUAAAUAAUUAAUAGCUGUUUUAGAGAGAUGUUAAGUUUUUGUAAUGGCUUCUCCAGUUUUUAUUUUUUUACCACUUUGUACUGGGCUAUGUCUCUAAAAGGCAAAUGCGCCUGGAAGGGCAUAGAAGAACUGAUAACCCUUCAUUAAUGUCAUGGUAGAUGCUUGAAGGUCUAUUAUGUAAUUCA